UGACAUCACCCAACUUACAAAACUAGGUGCCUUUCCUGAUGGAUAGUGAACACCGACCAUGAUUCCGAGGCCCCUAACAUCGAUCUUUCUGACAGCGCGGUGGCGGAGGCUCGCUGGCGUUAUCUCUCCAUUGUGCUCUCCUCUUUCUGUCACCGGAGACGGAGUGCGGUCGAUCCAUGAGAGCCCGCACACGUUAGAGGAAUUAUUGGGGAGGCACCUGGUGAAGAAGCAGAAAGGCGGCGACGAAGUGGAGUUCGAUCUGUCUGAGCAAAGGCGGCUGACCAGCACGCGGCGGGAGGCCCUAUGUCUUUACCGCGACAUCAUCCGGGCGACGCGGUUCUUUUCGUGGCCCGAUGCCCGCGGAAUACCGUGGCGAGAUGUGCUCCGGUCCAACGCCCGGCAGGAGUUCGAGGAGGCGAGGUUCGAGCGUGACCCCGAAGUUAUCACCCGCCUUCUCAUUGGCGGCCGCGACGCAGUCCAGUCCGCUCUUGAUAAGCUCGCAGAGGCCCAACGGAAGAGGAUCAGCAGCAAAAGUUUUUUCAUUCGUGUUCUGCUCUUCUAUGGUGGUCUAGCAAGGUCUGACGGUUUACAAUGAUCAUUUAUCUUUGUCCUCUUGAUGGAUGACAACAUUGAGCUGUGAAACAGUCCGCAUGGAGAUGAAAUGUUCCCAUGGAUGACAAUGGGAGAUAAAAAGCGUGGUGUUAUAUAUUCAUGGUGAAUAAGCAAUAAACACAUAAAUCAAUUUAAUUUCUUGUUAUUGAUGAUUAUGAAAGACCAUUGCAGCACUUGUGUAGACCAGCAUCAAUUUUAUUAAUCUCAUCAUUGUGUUUCUUUGGUAAUAACAAGUCAUUCAGAUGCACUUCUAUUAAUUGCUUAUUU